UUGGAAAGUGUUGCGAUAAUUUAAUAAUAUUUUUAAUUUAUGGAAUCGUCAGAAUUUGCUGAAUUAGAAAGCAAUGGAGUAGUUCAGGCUGCUAAAGAGCACUAUGAGAAGUAUGACAACGUGACUGUGAGUGAGAACCCUCAUCCUCUUUAUGGGGACUAUGAAGAUGAAGAAGAUUCGAUGAAGUUUCAGCUUCAAAAGCAUAUUGACUGUAUCACAGAUAACCCAGACAUGGACAUACUUGUGAUAUUUGAAUUCCAAAGAACUAUAGUUUAUCUUUCCUCUCAGCAAGCUUUUAAGGAUUUUAAGUCUUUACUUCCUAAAAAAAUUGACAGAUCAGAUACUGAGAAGCUAACAUUCGGAAAGGUAUAUCCUGACAGUCUGGAGAUGUGUCCUACAUCAUCAUCAUUCAAACAAAGAUACAAUUUGUUCUUUAGAAAUACUCCAUUCAAGAAGCCUGAGAGUCAAGUUGGCCUCAUGCUUCUUGUUUUAGAGCAGUAUAUUUCAAAAAUAAAAAAGAACAAGGCCUUUGAUCUUGUCGAAACUAUAGGAUCUUGUCUCUACGAUAUCGUCCUGACCAUUCUUUUUGGAGAGGAAUUUCACAAGAACAUUGGGAAGAUCAAUUACAAGUACUCUGAUGGAAGGAAAUAUAAAACCAAAUUUGAAGAAGGGCUUGCUCAAGUCUCCCUAGAUUGUAUUGAAAACGGCUCUGAUAUCACGUCUGGACUUUGCCCGCAUAUUAACCUCAAGAGUGAGGUAGAUCCUUAUAAGAGAGAUCAAGAGAACAUAGAUGAGAUUUAUAGAGUGCUGACAGAAUUCUUGACUAAAAAUGACACACAAAGCGAGUUUUCUUGUCCUUUGAUGGGUGAUAUCCUGGAUCCUGAUUCAAUAAAGGAUUAUGAUCCCUCUGAAUUGAAGAAUGAUCUAUUUCUUUUGAUUGAUGCUGCCUCUGGUACUCUGAUGCUCACUAUUCCUUCAGUAUUGCUGACUCUUAAGAGGAAUCCUGAAAUUUGGGACAAAUUAUAUCAGGAAUUGGAAAAGAAUGGUGUUAUUGAGGAAGCUAGUAAAAAGAACGCAUUUGAGACAGAUGAGGGUGUCAAAACAAUACUUGAGUGUGAAUACCUCACAUAUGUGAUCAAGGAGGUCAUGAGGCUAUAUCCCCCUACUGUUGGAUCUUCGCCAUAUGUUGCGAAUGAGGAAGUUACAGUUUGUGGUGUUGAUAUUUCAAAGGAUACUCAAAUAUUUUUAAAUAUUGCAUCCCAGCACUAUAACCCAAAGAUAUGGCAUAAUCCAUUAGAGUUUAUUCCCGAGAGGUUUGAUCCAGAAUCAGAGCUUUACUAUAUCCCUGGAACUGAAGACCCGAGGCCAGUUACUUCAUUCAUCCCUUUCUCAUUCGGUAAAAGAAAGUGUGCUGGGGACAACUAUGCGAUGACUGCUUUAAAAGUCUUCGUAGCUUAUAUCCUUAUCAGAGUAGAGUUCAAAAUCGAAUCAAAAAUUCUCUCAAACCAAGACUAUAUCCUAGGACUUGAUGCAGAAUCUAGCUUGAAGGUGACAAUCACGAAGAAAUAUGGCUAAAUAGUUGUUCAACCAACUUUGAG